AUGAGGAAGAAAGUAAAAUGUAUUUUUGAGGGAAACCAAGAAAACGACACAGAUCUCAAGACUGUUUACACAGAACUGUUCAUCACAGAGGGAGAUAUGAGAUAUGUCAAUAACAAACAUGAAAUUCAAAAGACUGUUGAUGCUUUAAAGCACAAAAAAACACUGGACAAACCAAUUAGAUGCAAUGAUAUAUUCACUGAACUGAGGAAAAACAAUGAGGAGAAGAUUGUGCUGACCAAGGGAGUUGCUGGCAUUGGAAAAACUGUGUCUGUGCACAAGUUCAUCCUGGACUGGGCAGAAGGAAAAGCCAAUCAAGAUAUACACUGUGUGUUUCUGCUUUCAUUCAGAGAGAUCAAUAAGAUUAAAGAAAGAAAGGUCAAUCUACAUGAGUUUCUGCUCAAAUUUUAUUCUGAAUUAAAGAACCUAGAGAAAUCAAAGCUAUAUACGGAAUGUAAGCUAGUAUUUAUAUUUGAUGGACUUGAUGAGAGUCAACUGCCAUUGGACUUUGAUAGUAAAACACUGGAUACUGUGGAGAAAAGAUCAGCUGUAGAUAUGCUGUUUACCAGUCUGGUGAAAGGGACUCUGCUUCCCUCGGCUUUUGUCUGGGUGACAUCACGACCAGUAUCAGCCAAUCAGAUCCCUCCUCAGUAUGUAGGUUUGUUCACAGAGGUUCGAGGAUUCACUGACCAACAGAAGGAGGAGUACUUCAGAAAGAGGAUCACAGAUGAGAGUCUGGCCUCCAGAAUCAUCUCACACAUUAAGACAUCUCGUAGUCUCUACAUCAUGUGCCACAAUCCUCUGUUCUGCUGGAUCACAGCCACAGUACUUCAGGACAAUGAAGAGAACAUCAGCACAACACUCACUGAAAUGUACAUUCACUUCCUUGUGAUACAGAUGAACACAAAGAGCCAAAAGUAUGAUGGAAAAAAACAAAGUCAACGUACACAGCUCUUAGAUGCAAAUAAAAAAAUGAUUCUGAAAUUAGCCAAGCUAGCAUUUAAACAGCUAAAGAAGGGAAACAUGAUGUUCUAUGAGAAAGAUCUUGAAAAGUGUGGUAUUACUGUGACUAAAGACACUGAGUUCACAGGAAUGAUCGCUGAGAUCAGUAAAAAGGAAGAUGGACUUUACAAGACAAAGGUUUUCUCCUUUGUGCAUCAGAGUGUUCAAGAGUUUCUUGCUGCAGUGCAUGUGUUUCUCUGCUACCUGAACAAGAACAUGCAGGAGCUUAAGUUUUUCUUCAAAGAUUCACAAACUACAGCCAGACAAAAAAUUUUGUUCUUUUUUAGAGCUGUCAAAUUUGUUGACUUAACGAAGAGGGCCACUGAAAAAGCAAUGCAAAGCAAGAAAGGACAUCUGGACCUGUUCCUGCAGUUUUUGAUGGGAAUUUCACUGGAAUCUAAUCAAAAUAUGCUCAAAGGCCUGAUCACACACACAAAAGACACUACUGUGAGCAUCAGAAAAAUAAGUGCACACAUUAAACAAUUACAAAAACAGGACAUCUCAGAUGAAACUUCAGUCAACCUAUUCUACUGCUUACUUGAGCUCAAAGAUCAUUCAUUAUAUGAGGAAAUAAAUCAAUACUUAAGUUCAAAUAAACGUCCAGAAAGAGACCUCUCCUCUUCAAUGUGCACAGUGCUGACCUAUGUAUUGCUGAUGUCAGAGAAGGUACUGGAGGAAUUUAAUCCAAAGCAGUACACGUCCUCAUCUUCAAACUUCAAGAGACUUGUCCCAGCUGUGAGAUGCUGCAAAAAAGCACUAUUUGAUGGCUGUGGUCUUGAUGAAAAAUACUGUGAAACUGUGUCUUCAGCUCUACAACUGACAAAUUCCCAUCUGACAGAGUUGGACUUAAGUAGCAAUGACCUGAAGGAUUCAGGAGUAAAGCUGAUUUAUGAUGGCCUGAAGAGUCCACACUGUCAACUAAGCAUACUGAGACUAUGUGGAUGUAAUCUCACUGCAAAGUCCUGUGAAAGCUUGGCUUCUGCUCUACAAUCCUCAAGCUCUGUCUUGAGAGAGCUGGACCUGAGUAACAAUGACCUCCAUGAUUCAGGAGUGAAGCUUCUUUCUGAUGGACUAAAGAGUCUAAACUGUCAACUGAAUAUACUGAGAUGUUCUAUAUGUAAUCUCACUGCACAGUCUUGUGAGAGUUUGUCUUCAGUUUUACAAUCCUCAAACUCUCUCCUGAAAGAGCUGGAUCUGAGUAACAAUGACCUGCAGGAUUCAGGACUAAAGCUUUUUUCUGAUGCACUAAAGAGUCCAAACUGUCAGCUGGAUAUAUUGAGAUUACCGCUGCACACCCCUAACAGUGAUUCAGUUAAUUUGAUUGGCAACUCACUUGAUGGAAUUGAAAACAUCACAUCCUUUGCCAAUGAUGCCAAUGAUGUGAAGCACAUCAACAAUCGCCACCAGCACAUAGCAGAAGAACUCACACAAUUACAAAGAGUGAUUCUCUGUGCUGAUGAUGCCAUCAUGAUGCCAAAUACCGAGAGGAGGUCUUGA